AUGACCGGCAGCGGCUUCAACUUCGCGGACCCCUUCCAGGUUCUUCACAUUCUAAAGCAGAAUCCGGACCCAGACGCCGUCGAAGCAGAUAUGAAAGCCAUCGUACAAAGUUUCCCUCCGCUGGGUCAAGUCACUCAAGUCCAAGAAGGCCACUUAUCCUUCCUUGCCGUCCUUCAAGUCCCGGCUUCGCGGGGUGAGGAGCCAUGGCAAGUCGCCCUCUGGCAGUCGACCGACGGUCAAGAAUGGACUGAAUCUCUCCUGCAUCCCACCUCGCCGGACAGUGCCCCUAAAGAACUGCAGUCCGUGGACGCAUCCUCGUCUCGCUUGUACUUCUCCGUCUCCCUGGCAGCUCGGGAGUCGCUGCAAUUCACCCUGAAGUUCCGUCAUGGCGAGAACGAGCCGUGGAGGUGGACCCGUGAUGAGCUGGGUCUGGGUGACGGUCUCGUUAUCGUGCGUACCGGGCUGGCUGCUGGUCUUCCGGAAGAUUUGAACGGCAUCAUCAAGGACUUGAAUCCCGCAUGGACGGUCCAACAGAAGAUGAGCCAGUCGCCCGGCACGAGGUUAUGGGUACUCGAGACACCUGUCCCUGCGGCCGUGGGAGAUGAUUCCACUUAUCGUGACAUCCCUAUAGGCAUCCCUUGGGGAUCUUAUCUGCGGUGGUUUGCUUUAGUCCGUCCCUGGACACCUUGGCUCGGCCCUAGACAUGGCAAGAACCAUUUCGAGCUUGACAGGGACGGCAUAUUAUGUUCCUUUCUCAGCCCUCGGGGUCACCAUCUCGUCUUACUGGCCAUCAGCGGCGCGAACAACGUCACCUCUGUGUUCCGCAGCCAGAAUACCGAGGGGCAUGGGACUAGUCGAAAUGACGGCACUGAAUCUGAACCAGCCACGGUCCUCGCGGCUAUCGGCGACACCUUUGAAAGCGCCAAUGCUGCCGUCAUGUACCAUGCCCGGACCGUCGUUCAACAGAUGAAGGGUACGAAGGAAGAAACCGAGGCAGAGAUUCGGUCCAUUGAAAGGGACAUCAAACCUGAGUGGAUGGAGAACUGGUACGACGGCCUCGGUUAUUGCACGUGGAACGGCCUUGGGCAGAAGCUCACCGAAGAGAAAGUAUUGAAUGCUGUUGAUACUCUCGCAGAACACAACAUCAAGGUCGCCAGUCUCAUCAUCGACGACAACUGGCAGUCCAUCGACUACCGAGGCCCUGGCCAGUUCCAACACGCCUGGGUCGAGUUUGAAGCGGAACCCAAAGCUUUCCCCCAUGGUCUCAAGGGCAUGGUAUCCAGCAUCCGCGAGAAACACCCUCACAUUCAACACAUUGCCGUCUGGCACGCCCUACUCGGCUACUGGGCCGGCAUCUCCCCCGAGGGAAAGCUCGCCCAAACCUACAAGACCGUCGACGUCGUGCGGAAAGACGCCGAGCGCCGCCACCUCCCGCUGGGCGGCAAGAUGACCGUAGUCGCCCAGGAAGACGUCGACCGGUUCUACGACGACUUCUACCGGUUCCUCGCCUCCUGCGGCGUCGACGGCGUCAAGACCGACGCCCAGUUCAUGCUGGACACGUGGGUCUCGGCCGCCGCCCGCCGCGACCUCACCGCCGCCUACCUCGACGCCUGGACCAUCGCCUCCCUGCGCCACUUCAGCAUCAAGGCCAUCUCGUGCAUGUCCCAGGUGCCGCAGAUCAUCUUCCACGCCCAGCUCCGCCGCAACCGGCCCCCCGUCCUCUGCCGCAACUCGGACGACUUUUUCCCCGAGGUGCCCUCCUCCCACCCUUGGCAUGUGUGGACCAACGCCCACAACGCCCUGCUGACGCAGCAUCUCAACAUCCUCCCCGACUGGGACAUGUUCCAGACGGUGCAUGGUUAUUCUGGCUUUCAUGCCGCCGCGCGCUGCGUGAGCGGCGGGCCUAUCUACAUCACUGACGUCCCUGGCCAGCAUGAUAUGCAUCUCAUCAAGGAGAUGACGGGCCUGACGCCGCGGGGCAAGACCGUUAUUUUCCGGCCCAGCGUGGUCGGCAAGUCGGUUGAUGUCUACAACAGCUACCACGACGAUGUGUUGUUGAAAGUAGGUAGUUAUCACGGCCACGCCGUAACAGGCACCCCCAUCCUCGGCAUCUUCAACGUCUCCUCCAGACCCCUACUCGAACUCAUCCCCCUCGCCGUCUUCCCCGGCGUCCUCCCCUCCAUGAGGUACACAGUACGCGCCCACUCCACCGGCCGCCUCACCCCGCCCCUCACCCCUUCUUCUUCUUCCGCCGCCCCCGGUCCCGGUCCCGGUCCCGGCUCCUCCUCCCUGGCCGUGUCCCUGGACAUCCGCGGCUACGACAUCUUCACCGCCUACCCGCUCACCACCCUGGUCAGGGAGGCCAAGGGCGAGGUGCUCUACGCCGCCAACCUGGGCUUGCUGGGGAAGAUGGCGGGCGCAGCGGCCAUCGUGAGCAGCGGCCUGGCCUUCGAGACCGACGGCCGCGUCCAGCUGCGGACGUCGCUCAAGGCGCUCGGUGUGUUGGGGGUCUACCUCUCCGCGCUCCCCGAGCUGACCAUUGCGGAUGACUUCAUCGCUACGAUCCAGGGACGCGUGAUUCCGGUGCAUACCGUCUCGGUUAGCGCGGCGGAUGCCCACGUGUUGGAGAUUGACGUUGAGAAGGCGUGGAACGAGAUGGCGCUCCAUCCCGGGUGGAGCAACGAGGUUGAGAUUACGGUGUAUUUCUCGAUAGACCACGUAGAGUCCUGAGGGGCUGUGGAUACGGGCUGUCAGAUGAUAGAGAAAUAAAGAGGAUCCUAAGAUGGCAAAUCCACAGCCGGGCUCAUGCCAUCGUACGUAUCUGAACUCCAUGUUUCUAGCUGUUUUGAACUCUUUCCAUAUCUCAUGUCAUGUGUGUAAUGUGCAUGCAUCUCCUUAUCCCGCUCAUCAUGAUUGUAGCAGGUAAUCUUCCAGGCUUUGUAACAAAAGGACUCUUCCCUACU